AUGGCCAAACCAGGUUUGACCCCCUCGCGGGACCGCCGACUGCCUCCCCGCAACAAUGUGAACGCGAACACCUCUCCCAACCGCGCUGCUUUACAGGGAGCUCUGCUAGCUUUCAACCAUGCGACGCCCCCCAAAUCACAUUCUCCGUUGAACAUGGCAGGCCGCCCGCCCGUUUCGCUUCUCGAUUCCGAUCCCGAUCCUCUGCCAGAGCUGCCGGAACCCGGGUCCAUAAAGGAUAAAAUCGCCCACUUCAGCUCACAUCCAGCUACGCUUGAGCCGAACAACAGACCCAAGAGUGCGGCCGGAAGUGUACCAGACAUUACGCGCCAGAAAACUCCACAAUUGCUUGCGGCUGAGAUCGCUGCGGGAAACUCAAAUGGGCCAAAUGGCAAGACUACAGGCGUGGACGCGCAAAGGACGCGGUUACAACAGAUUGGGAAAGCCCUACCGUCGCCUAUACCGGUUCGAAUGCCAGUGGCAAGCUCGCGGAUACUGGACCCGUACUUUGACGUUCCUCAAGCGCAUUCACCUUCAAGACCGUACGUUGACCAGAGGUCCGCUUCGCCCAAACCUUCGACAUCUCCCCGACCACCGAUAACGAAGCCGCGUCCUGUCCCACCACCUAUACCUCGAAAACCCUCACCUGCCUUUAGUGAACCCCUGUCAGUCGAUCGCCGCCAUGAAAAUCGAAAGCGGUUCGAGUCUCCGAGCGGCCCUAUCCCUCUUCGCUUCAAGGCUUCCACAUCCACACUGUCCGAGGAGGAACGACCCCCUGCACUUCCACCGCGACGAGCCGCAACCGUGACGACCAAUGAUGCAUACGAACCUCAAGUUAAUUUGGGGCGCGCUAAGUCCCCCACGUUUCCAUCCAGUCAUAGUGUCAUGUCAUUAUACAGCCAGUCUCAGAAUCACAGCAGAACAAGCAUGCUUGACAGUCUUACGGAUGGGAGUAGAGACGGGACCUCGGGUGCAGUCGCAGCUUCGUCACUCGCAUCAAAUCGGGCACUACAGACAAGGAGGCCAUCGCCACCGCCUCCACCGCCAUCACGCAGACGAAGAUCUCGAUCUCGGUCCAUAUUGGGCCUCCAACAUCAGCAUAAAAAGGACCGCACAGCCGAUCCCAGCCCAGGAGGGCUUCGCGGGACCCUCCGGACACAACCCAAAUCAGACGACGAAGACGAGCGGAAUCGCCGCCAACAUCGAAAUCAUCUCAUCCGUAAGCAUCCUCAUAAGCACCAGGAAGGUGAUCGAAAACGAUGGAGAAGUGAAAUCACGGAGAAAGAGCGCAAAAGAUAUGAGGGCGUCUGGGCUGCAAAUAAAGGGCUGCUCAUACCUCCUAAUCAAGUGGCGGACAAGAAGGCCACCGAGCAUGGAAUCCCGCCGGGCAUGUAUCCUCCGGCUGCCCUAGAUAUGGUUGUGAACCUUGUGGUUCAAGAUAUCUGGUCGAGGAGCCGCCUCCCAGACUACGUUCUAGAGCGAGUCUGGGACCUCGUCGACGGGCAAAAUAUUGGUCUGUUGACGCGCGCGGAGUUUGUCGUGGGAACUUGGCUGAUUGAUCAGCAACUGCGAGGGCAUAAACUUCCAGCAGUCGUUCCUGAUAGUGUAUGGUCCAGCGUCACGCGGGUUCCAGGCAUCUCUCUAUAA